CUCGCAGGGGGGGGAUCGGACUGCACCAUCUCAGCCCACGCCGGCGACAGCGGCAGCGGGAGGAGGGGGGCUGGCCGUACCACUCAGCUCGUGAGGGGUGGGAUCAGACCGUACCAUCUCAGCCCGCCGGUCCCCGGCCGAGCCCCGGGUCAGCAGAUCUUCUGAAUUUGGCUCCUGAUUAAAGCUGACAGAUAAUGGAAACAUUUCCUUGGCAAUGUCUCUGGGGCGACUCCUGCGACGUGCCUCUUCAAAAGCUUCUGACCUCCUGACCUUGAACUCUGGUGGUGGGAACAAUUCAUCUUCCGUACUUGAUGGGGAGAUCAUCUACUCCAAGAACAAUGUCUGCGUCCACCCACCUGAGGUGCUACAAGGCAUCGGAGAGCAUCAUCCAGGGUAUUUGUGCUUGUACAUGGAGAAAGAUGAGCUACUGGGAACCACGCUUAUCCUUGCCUGGGUGCCAAACUCUCGCAUUCAGAGGCAGGAUGAGGAAGCCCUGCGCUAUAUCACUCCUGAGAGCUCCCCUGUCCGUAAAGCUCCCCGCAAACGCAGCCGCCUCACUCAGGGUUUUGGCGUUGUCCGGCAGGCUUCCCCCCCUGAGCAGAGAGGGACAGUGAUCCUGAAAGAAGAAGACAUCUUGACUGUGUCACAGCUUGUGAAAGAUGUGGCUUACAUCAGCUCCCCCUCUUCGGAAGGGGAGAAGCUCUCCCAGUGCUGCCUCGUGGCAGACGGCACCCACCGAUGCCCCCAGCCUGCCCGCAGUGACUCAGGAAUCCUAUCGACAAUCAGUUCUCAGGAGGAGCAGAACAGGUCGGAGCUGUCGGUGGAGGGGACAGAGGAAGACCUGGACUGCAGGCCAGAGCCACGGGAGGACGAGGGCUCCUUGGAGCUGUCUGCUGAUGACGUGAGCAGGGACAGUACUUUUGACUCUGAUUCUGAUGCCUUCUCUUCCCCCUUCUGCCUCUCUCCCAUUAGCGAAGCCCUUGGGAAAAGCAGUAGCUCUGUGUUUCUGGAUAAUGAAAGCAGGGACACGUGUGACAAUCGCAUGACCUGCUCCACCAGCUCUGCCUCCAGCCUCGACACCAGUGCCCAUUUCCAGGAGAAUAACAGGCAAACACAGGGCACCAGAUGGGAUGAACAGCAGAAAGUGUUUGCCCUCGAGCAGGUCUGCGGUGUCUUCAGAGUGGACCUGGGACAAAUGAGAUCCCUUCGCCUCUUCUUUAGCGAUGAGGCAUGCACCUGCGGACAGCUGGUUGUUGCCAGCAGGGAAAGCCAGUACAAGAUCUUCCAUUUUCACCACGGUGGCCUGGAUAAACUGUCUGAGGUGUUUCAGCAGUGGAAGUACUGCACGGAGACCCAUCUCAAGGACCAGCAGCUUACUGAUGAGAAAACAUGUAUGCAGUUCUCCAUCCGCCGUCCCAAGCUGCCCUCCUCGGAAACCCACCCGGAGGAAAACACGUACAAGCGUCUUGAUGUGUCUGCCUGGCUCCAUCACCUGAAUGAAUCUGGACAGGUGGAAGAGGAAUACAAGCUGCAGAAGGCCAUUUUCUUUGGUGGGAUUGAUAUUUCCAUCCGUGGGGAGGUGUGGCCCUUUCUGCUGCGCUACUACAGCUAUGAGUCCACCUCUGAAGAGAGGGAGGCACUGAGACUGCAGAAGAAGAAAGAGUACUUCGCCAUCCAGGAGAAAAGGCUUUCGAUGACUCCAGAUGAACAGAAGGAGUUUUGGCGUAAAGUACAGUUCACAGUAGAUAAAGAUGUGGUGAGGACUGACCGCAGCAACCAGUUCUUCCGAGGGGAUGACAACCCAAAUGUGGAAACUAUGAGGAGGAUCUUGCUGAACUAUGCAGUAUUUAACCCAACAAUUGGAUACUCCCAGGGGAUGUCUGACCUGGUUGCCCCACUCCUGGCAGAGAUCCUAGAUGAGUCGGAUACUUUCUGGUGCUUUGUAGGAUUGAUGCAGAACACGAUCUUCGUCAGCUCACCCCGGGAUGAGGAUAUGGAGAAGCAGCUGAUGUACCUGCGAGAGCUGCUACGGCUCAUGCAUCCACGCUUCUACCAGCAUCUUUCUUCCUUGGGAGAGGAUGGCCUGCAGAUGCUUUUCUGUCACCGCUGGAUCCUCCUCUGUUUUAAACGGGAAUUUCCAGACGCUGAGGCUUUGCGCAUGUGGGAAGCGUGCUGGGCACACUAUCAGACUGACUAUUUCCACCUCUUUAUCUGUGUGGCCAUCGUGGUGAUUUAUGGGGACGAUGUCAUCGAACAGCAGCUGGCCACUGACCAGAUGCUGCUGCAUUUCGGCAACCUGGCUAUGCACAUGAAUGGAGAACUUGUACUCAGGAAGGCAAGGAGCCUGCUCUAUCAGUUCCACUUGCUGCCUCGCAUCCCCUGCAGCCUGCAUGACCUCUGCAAGCUGUGUGGGACAGGAAUGUGGGACAGUGGCUUCAUCCCUGCGGUGGAGUGCUCUGGCCAUCACCCAGAGUGUGAGAGCUGCCCAUACGGGGGACUGGUGGAAGAGUCUUCUCCUAAACCAGGAAGCGAAGGCAAGAAAGGCUCGAAAACACGGGACGUCUUUGCUUUCCGAAAAUAGCUGUAAAGGAACAGGGUGUGGCAGCGGAAGAGGGAAGGGCGGGAAGGAUGUGCAUAGGGAAAAAUGUUGCAGACAGAAAUGGAGGAAUAGCUUGUCAAGGCUCCUGAGAAGACUGAAAAGUGGAGAAUGGACAAGGAAUGGAAUCCCUCUACGGGAAACCAAAUUCCAGCGGACUGAUGGUGGAACCUGAGGGAAAUGCAUCAAACCAGGAACAGUGUUUGCACGUGUUGGGAUCUGAUUUUGUUAGAAACAUGAAGCUUUUCUAGGUCUUUUUAUUCUGCCUCUGGGACUGGACUGGUUAGCAACCAGAACUUUGUUACUUCCUGGUGAGAAAGGAGAACAUUAAAGAGAGCCAAGUACAACCAGCAGUGUUUGCAGGUCAGGUGGAAGCAGCAGGGAUGUGGCAAGACCUCUCUCCGCCAUGUCUCUUUGUCCAGAGCACUCCACACAAGCACCCUCUGCUUCAACCAAAACAUGCAGCUUAGUGGCUUCUCUCUAAAGCCAUAAAGACCAUUUUAAUAAUAAUAAUCUGCCAAAAAUAAACCUGCAGACUACUAGCACUGCAGGAUUGCUUCAUUAGUGAGGAAGAACUGGUCACCUUAAGGUCUUGUUUCUCGCCUUUCCUUUUUUUAUAUGGUAUAUUGGCUGGCAUGGGAUUUAUUUCCCAUUUGUACAGAAAGUGCACAGCCACAGGUUUUAAAGCACUGCUUUUCUGUAGCCAGGGUAUUUUUCACAAACACCUGUCAAAGUUUACUUCUUCAUAACGUCACAGUAAAGCUGUUUCUCUAUACUAGCAACUGCGGAUUUCAGACACUUGUUUACAAAGUCUGUUGUUUCCAGUAUGUUUCCCAAUGUUUUUCCUUUGGCUCAUCUUAAUUACUGAGUAUUUACUGUCCUUACCUGUCUUUGCUGUAGACUAUAGCAUGUGCACUCCAUGUGAGCUUUAGGUUCUCCAGUCGGUGCCAGUAGCGCACCCUCUCCCCAUCCCAAAGUGAAAAUGAAACUUGGUUUAUUGCAGUCAUUUUUGCUGAGCUCAGUCUCUGAUAAAGGUCUCCCCUGAAGUAAUUUGGAAAGGACAGCAUGUUUCUCCUCUUAUCCUCUAAAAGAAUUGCCAACUAGAAGUAGAGCUGGCGCCUUGAGCACAGCCGUGUUGCCAAAUGUCCUUACCAAAUCCAGUGGCAUCCAAAGAUGUGUCCUGAGCCAACGUUUGUGCCAAACAGAGGCAGGGGAAUGGUUUCCUUGUGAGAAUAAACAAGGAGAUGAGGUGACACUGGGCUGUGCCAGCUUUGCUGCAUCCCUCUGCGCAGCGUGUGAAGUCUGGCAGCCUUUCCCGGUUGUCUUGCUCCCUCUCACUUCAACCACACUGCUUCUGUUACACAGCUGUGUCCUGGUCUGGCAAGGAGGGAAGUCUCUGCUCACUUUUCAGCUUUGCCAAUCAGUUUUGUUUGUCCUAUUAGCAGCACGGGUGGAAAAACCCCAUCUCCUCAUGCGUAGUGCUGCAACCGAUUCCUGCAUCCGACAAACCAAUUUCUCUAAGACUCUUUCUGCAAGGCCUUACCUACAGCCAGUUCUGGAGCCCACGUGCCCCAUACCUGCUGGGAAGUGUGGUUUCAACUGGGAUGCUUUAUGUAAAACCAACACAAACCAAGUGCACGCCGCAUUCGUAAGGGGAAGACUUGACCCUAUGCAGGCACAAUCCAAAGAUUGGCUGUUGCGUGGCAGAAAGACAGUUUGGCUCCUAAUUUGUACGCCUCUAAUUCAGAGGAUGAAAACCUUCCCCUUGAUGAGAGCAGUGAUGAAACCUCCUGCGGUAUCGCUCACCUCCAAAAUAUCCCAGUGUGGAGAGGUACCAGGGCUGCGAGGCUGCAAAUGUGUGCCAGGGUUGUGGGAGGUGACACCUCAUGAAAGGGCUGAUGGCUGCUUUGCUGUGAAGCAGGGAGUUCUUGGAGACUGAUGAUGUUUCGGUGAAUAAUAAAAGUUUGUGCGAGGCAUUUGUGUGGUACAUUGCUGAGUGCUGUACCUUAUAGUUGAGGCACAGCACUCGGAUAGGCAACAUCCCCAUGGAUUGAGCUGCUCCUUUUGCAGCCAUAGGGAAGCAUGUUGGGUGUUGGGUCUACAUUGACCCUCUCCAGGCUCCGCUGAUUUCAGCCUGGGGUUGUGUGGCGGCACUCAAUGUAUUCAUCUAGAAGCAAGCUCUAAGUGACAGUGGCUGAAUUAAGGUCAGAAGAACUACAUGUCAGAAAAUGCCAGAAGCAUCUUCCUGCAGAGUGGCCCGGUGGCACGCGGGCAGGCGCCAGCUCCCUGUGGAGAUCACAGGAGCCAGGCACUGCCAGCUGCCACCUGCCUCCUUGUGCGGCACGGGCAUUGCCGGGAAGCCUUCACACCACCAUGGCUCAUCCGUCUGUGGCAAAGCAGCUGGAUGCUUCCUUGGGAGCGCUGGGUGACAAGCAGCCAGCGUGUGGGCAGCUCUGUGGGCUCUGCACACUGGGCACAGAGUGGGCAGACCCCACCUGUGCUCAUCGGCUGCUUACAGCGGGCUGGGAAACACCAGCAAACACCAACCAAAGCAUCCCGAGCUGAUUUUGCUGCAGCAAUCGUUCCCAGCAAGUAGAAGACAAUGGGAAGACAUGAAGUAGAUAAUUUUUCAGCAUUAUUUUUCCGCUGUUAAAAUGUCAUUCAGCGGCACGGAUUGGUUUAGUUAAAAGACUCUGCACUGCAGUUCUCCAGCAUGUGGAAAAAGCUGUUCUUUCUGUUUGCAGUGGUGCUCAGCUGGUGGGAGUGCAUCGCUGGGAUCAGUGUGUCUGCGCCCCUCUGGCCAGUUCUCCUGUGCCUUCUGUCCCCUGCAGGUCCCACUGCCAGCGGGAGAUUUCAGGUGUCUUUCUACUCCCCGUUUACCAGCAGCUGCCAUAUCCCAAGUGUCUUGGUUCCAGUCUCAGCCUGCUCACUAACUCAUUGUUAAAUUCACAUUGGAUACCCCCAAACUUCCGAGCUUGUUUUGGGUGGGAGCUGCGGGGAUGGGGGCAUGUGUGGAGCCAACCUGGCAGCAGCUGGCGCAAGGGCAGGACCAACCUUGGGAUUCCUCUGGAGUGAAAGAAAGGCAACAAGUCAAAUAUUGGACAGGGCAGCAGGUUUCCAAGGUCGUUCUGGCUUGUCCCCAAGAUCCCCUUU